AUGCAUCUGACAACGGCUAUUGCUGCCACUGCUCUUGUGGCUACUCCCGCUUGGGCUAUUGGUUCAUUUAAUUUUCCAGACAACAAUAUUCAUCACGGAGUUCACGAAGACAACCAUGCUCCACAGGCUUGCCUCAGGGCUUGCUGGCAUCGUCCCCGUUUAUGUCCCGCGCGCAUGAUUGUUCUUAGAGUGGGCAAUUGCUGGACUUGCUGUCGACAGGGUCAUGAUGCGGACGACAACAUGAUACAUAAGUUCUUCAAGGGUGGCCACCACGCAGAAAACGAUAACAUGAUACAUAAACUUUUCAAGGGUCGCGGCCACGCGGAGAAUGACAAUUUGCUAAACAAACUGUUCAAAGGUGGUGACCAAACGGAAAACAACCACGGGCACUUCGAGGAUGAUAACAACAUGCACGAAGGCUUGAAGCACAUACAAUUCGGCGGCGGAGACCAUCACGGUGACUCCAAGCAUGGCCGCCACAUGCAACACGACGACCACAAGCACGGCGGCCAUGGACACGACGACCACAAGCACGGCGGCCACAAGUACGGCGGCCAUGGACACGACGACCACAAGCACGGCGGCCAUGGACACGACGACCACAAGCACGGCGGCCAUGGACACGACGGCCACAAGCACGGCGGCCAUGGGCACGACGACCACAAGCACGGCGGCCAUGGGCACGAUGACCACAAGCACGGCGGCCAUGGGCACGACGACCACAAGCACGGCGGCCACAAGUACGGCGGCCAUGGACACGACGGCCACAAGCACGGCGGCCAUGGGCACGACGACCACAAGCACGGCGGCCAUGGGCACGAUGACCACAAGCACGGCGGCCAUGGGCACGACGACCACAAGCACGGCGGCCACAAGUACGGCGGCCAUGGACACGACGACCACAAGCACGGCGGCCAUGGACACGACGGCCACAAGCACGGCGGCCAUGGGCACGAUGACCACAAGCACGGCGGCCACAAGCACGACGGCCAUAUGCAGGAUGAGAAGGAACAUGGUGACUUCAUGCAUGGUGGCCUCAUGCAACCCGGAAAGCAACAUGGUGACUUCGUGCAUGGUGGCCUCAUGCAACCCGAAAAGCAACACGGUGACUUCAAACAUGGUGGCCACAUGCAACACGACAAUGAAUAUGGACACUCCAAACACGGCGGCCAUAUGAAAGAUGAAAAGAGGCAUGGUGACAAGCACGACGGCCACAAGCACGGCGGCCAUGGGCAUGAUGACCACAAGCACGGCGGCCAUGGGCACGACGGCCACAAGCAUGGCGGCCAUGGGCAUGAUGGCCACAAGCACAACGGCCACAAGCAUGACGGCCACAAGCACGAUGAAAAUGAAUGUGGACACUCCAAGGGCGGCGACCACGGAAAGACAUACGGACGCUUCAGGGGCAGGCACGGAAAGAACUGCGAGGCCUAA